UCCUUUGGAUCAAAACAUCGCUUGGUCGAGUCGGCACUGUGAACUGAGAGAGAAGGUUGUCUACCGGCAGUUGUGCAUCGUCUUUGGAAGUGCGGUUUUCUGUUUGUGAAAGAAUACGUGUGGGUUUAUCCUGAACUGUUAAUAAUGCCUAAUACCAAGCACCAUAAAGGGCACCGCAAUGUUCACGAGGAUGUGCACAAUAAUAACGUGAAUGGUCAGCAUGUAAACUUUAUGAGAGAUCGCGAAGACCACCACAACAAUGGGGAUCACGCCGAGGCAAGGUUCCAACCUUGUUGUGUACCUGCUGGUUGCAGUGAUGAUCCCAUUGAUCCCACAGACCCUAUGGAUGCGGUUCGAGUUGUGUGCAACAAUGAAAAUUGCAAAGAAGGUAACUGGAUGCAUAAAGACUGUUUUAUUGAAUGGGAACAAUCUGUGUUAUCGUUUUUACGAUCGUGCGGACGUGCGCGCAGCUGGAGUGAGAAGCAACGGUUGCAGAACUUGUGGACAAAAAAGGGGUAUGAUUUAGCUUACAAAGCUUGUGAUUGUAAGUGUGGGAGGGGACACUUGCGCAAGGAUUUAGAUUAUUUCCCUGCUCCUAUGAAUGAUAACGCGAGAAAAGCAAGAAAAAAUAAAAAGAAGAAUGAUAAACCAAUGCCUGUCGUGAGCACAAAUCACAAGUCUAGUCACAACAACCACAAUAAUGCUGUAGCCAACCAGCAUCAGCUGGACAACCAUGGCCAUCACAACCAACCUCAAAAUCUUGACAAUGCUUCGAAAAUAGGUAAAAAGACGAUUCAACCAACAACCCCAACAGUCAUUAUAGCAAAGCGCCGUGGUAGUGACAACACCAUAAAUAACAAUUCGGCUCACCAGUCCACUGGUUCCACUGGUCCUACAGUGCUUGGGAACAGUAAGAACAGGAGCAGAAACAACAGUACAAGUCAAAGCGAGAAUGGAACCGAUUCUGAGGUGCUUGACAAUGUUGCUCUGAAUGGUCAAGGUACUGCCAAUACUCAAAUGACGAACCCCUUUCCUCGCCUUCGCACCAAUAGUGUCAGUAGCACAGGUAGUGUGGGCAGUCAGGCCAGCAGUAGUGGAAGCAUACCAAGUUCGGCAGGGUCCCUUUCUCCAUUAUCUAGCUCUCCCACAGGAGGGAAUAUAUACUUCAAAAACAAAAAGGGGGACAUUUUUGAUCCAGCUCAGCCAGGAAUAUUUCGCCACAGACAUGAUUUGUCGGCAUUCAAUGCCCUUCCAAGGUAUAAACAGAAUCCGUACAAUAUUCAUAUUGAUGAUGUGCAGGAAGAUGAAGAUACUCGUAACUUUGUAUUGAGCAAUCUUACCACCAAGCGCAUGACAGCUCUGCGGUGUGUUUUGUGCAAAGUUCAGUUGCCAGUGUUUGAUAAAUUUCCACUUGUGGAUGGUACCCUGUUUCUCUCUCCUCAAGCUUAUGAUCAGUAUGUUGUUCAGAUGAUCUGGGAGGGCCGGAUUCAAUUUUUGAACUCUGUGUGCAUUGGAUGUCUGGAGGGUGCAGCAGAAGCCAAAUGUUCAGCAUGUAAAAAACCAUGGGAUGGAUCCUCGCUUGUGGUUGGUACAUUGUACACCUACGAUAUCUUUGCUGCGAUGCCGUGUUGUCAGAAGAGGCUUACCUGCAAACAUUGUCGACGUGCAGUCAUCGACAUUUCAAAUGGGUUGGAUUACUUCAGUCAAUACAGUCGCAUGAUUAUAUGUCCUUACUGUAAGGCAAAUGAUUACCACUUCAUCAAAUCAAUAUCUGAAACCUACUCUAUCAAGGAAUCUAUAUGUCACCAGUGAUAGGUGACGUCCAUGAUCCCUAGUCUUGCUCUUAUAAAGUGACAUCGCAAAUUAUAGUUUAACUGUCAUCAUUUUUCAUUGUAUUCUAUCAACAUCAGAGCUCAUUUUGCUACCUUUAUAAUGCUAUUUCACUUUAUCAAAAUAUUUCACGGAGAACUGUGGAUAUGGGAUGCAGUUCAUUUUGUGCAGUUGAGUAAAUCUUUAGUUAAGUUUUGAACAUUUUUUACAGGUUUUUAUCUUUUUUCAAGUUUGUAGUUCAAUGCUUUUCUAUAUAUAUUGUCUUUGUCGGAGCAAUGACUUCAGUUGUCUACUCAAAGGUGGAUCAUGGAUUGCCAUUGAUAUGGAACCACUGGAAUGGCUUACAGGGGUCUUUAAGAUAAAAGAAAAGAUUUGAAUUCAAUCCAGAGUAGAGAUUUUUUUUUUUAAAGUAAAGUUACAAAUCAUAUCUUUUGUUAGAGGGACAUUCUGUAUGUGUGCCUGAUUAAGAAUACUGUCAGUGAGUGUCAGUGUCAGUUUCAUUUGUUUAAAAGCAUCAUUUUGCCGUUUUCUGGAGCAUAGUUUUUAGGCUGUUGAAUUUCUUUGCCAAAUGCAGAUAAUUUCUUGUAAUUUUAUAAUUUUAUCUUUCAUAUUUGUAUAGAGCUGUUUUGGGUGAUUUAUUUUUGUUUAUUAUAGUGUUUAGGCCUAACAGUGGUAGUGAACUGUACCAAAUGUGUUAUUAUUGUAAGCCAAGGCAACAGUUUUAAGAAAGUUAAGUCGUGAAGGACAAACACCCGUGUCCAAAAAUAAAACAACCCAAAAAACGUUACAAUACCGCAA